GGGAAGAUGGGGAACAGCCAGAGUGGCUCGGGCCGGGGUUUCCGCUCCCAGUUCCUCCCUCCGGAGCAGGCGGAGGUUGACCAGCUGUUUGAGUCACUGGCAUCUGAUCAGAGCAGCCCGCACACCACGCCCAGGUCCUUCUCCCUGCAGGCUCUGAAGAGCCAUGUCGGGGAUGCGCUUCCCCCCACCAUGGUUACCAGGCUGUACAAUGGCAUGCGGGCGGCUGGUGUGACGGGCACGGCCAAGGGGCCCAGCGAGGCCGUCUCCCAGGACCAGUUCACAGUGGCCAUGUCCCACCUGGUCAAGGGCAGCGCCCAGGAGAAGAGUCUCAUCAUCCUCAAGAUGGUCUCGGCCGAGGACGGCCCCGUGAAGGCCAGAGAAGUCCAGCAGUUCACAGAGGAGCUGGUGGCCGCUGUGGUGCACGUGCUGGACCACAGACAGGAGCUGAGAGCCUGGCCGAGGAAGGAUGCGGCGGGCACCCCCUCCAGAGUGCAGGUGAUGGCUGCACAGCUGCUGUCCGAGAUGAAGCUACCAGAUGGCAAGAAGCUGCUGGAGCCGGAGCAGCUGGACUGUGCCUGUGACCAGGCUGUGAUCGAGGACUGGGUGUUCCGGGCCCACCACGUGGCCACCUUUCUGGGUGUGCUCGUCCACCACGGCCUCUGCCUCUUGCGUUCGUCCCUGAGUCUGGCCAGCCUGAUCCCGGAGCGCCACUCUGACCAAGGCCGGGAGUUUGUGAGCAUCCUGGACGUGUUGGCGGUCAUCUACCUCAACUCCCACCUGCCCAGGGAGCAGCGGGCCAGGUGGCGUCUGCUCUUCUCCUCUGACCUUCACGGCAACAGUUUCUCCCAGCUCUGCGGCCGCAUUACCCACCGCGGGCCCUGUGUGGUCAUCCUCGAAGACCUUGACGGCCACGUGUUUGGUGGCUUUGCGUCCUGCUCCUGGGAGGUCAAGCCCCAGUUUCAAGGGGACAACACAUGCUUCCUCUUCUCUAUAUCCCCCCGCAUGGCCGUCUACACGUGCACUGGCUAUAAUGACCACUUCAUGUACCUGAACCACGGACAGCAGACCAUCCCAAAUGGACUGGGCAUGGGCGGCCAGCAUGGCUACUUUGGGCUGUGGAUCGACAUGGACUUCGGGAAGGGCCACAGCAAAGCCAAGCCCGCCUGCACCACCUACAACAGCCCGCAGCUGUCGGCCCAGGAAGACUUCCGCUUCCACAGGAUGGAGGUGUGGGCUGUCGGGGACUUUGUGCCCCAGCAGGCCAACACCAAGAGCAUCCUGGACUCAGACCCCGAGGCCAAGGCCCUGCUGGAGAUCACUGGGCGCAGCCGGCACAGCGAGGGGCUGCGGGAGGUGCCUGACGCCUCCGACCCCAGACCUCGAGCGGCAUGGGACCUUAACUGUAACUUAGCCAAGGCUUUGCCCAUGUGCCUGACAGAGGCCUGGGCCCACAGCCUCUUCUCCAAACCACCCCCCAGCCCUGCCCUGCUCUGCGCUGGCCGCUGA